ACGCUCGCACCGAGCUGCAGCCCCUUUAAGAAGCACGAUGACCUGUGUGUGGGAGGAGGGGCCGCAUCCUGACAAUCAGGUGCACGUCUGAAGAAGGGAUGAUGUCAUCUCUGUAACGAGACCUGCCCGGGAGCACAGGCAGAGCAGGAGAUUUCCCUAAUUGCAGCAUUCCAGAUGGGAGGAUGAGGCGCCGCUCCGGACGGUGAGUUCCCGCCUGUCCCCGCUGAAGGUGCCUGAUGUUUGGAAGAUGCUCAGUAAAAGGCUUAAACCUUGUGAAAUGUCUCCAUCCAUGAAUCAACUUGCCAUAUUGGACAUCGCCUUUGUGCUUUGAGGGCAUGUAUUUACCAGUUGGAAGGAACCCUGAGAAUGAUGGAGAGCUUUCAAGACCACGUCUCAUUAGACCAGCCAUCAAAUUCAGUAAAGUGAUCGCUGUUGUGGAUUAUUCCAGCGGCAAGAAAGUACGAUAAAGAUCUGACUGUAUUGGGUUUCGUGGAAUUAAAGCUGAGGAGGUUCUCUUGCCCUUCCCUAACCAUCCCAGAUAUUAUUUAAUCCCAUCUGUUCAGCAGAGUUCACAGUCUUCCUUGUCAUUUUUUUCCCUCCUAAUGUCUUCUCCAAAGGCUGCUGUUUACUGUGGGAGGUGAGGUUUGGCAGACUUGGCAGCACACCACAAAACAAUGCAGCACAGUAAUUAAGUGACACAACCCUUUGCAUUUUUCUCUCUGUCAUAUAAACCUCUCAGCUGCUUGGGAUUUCCACUCAUAAAGGAGCUGGGAUGAGCAUCUCGUAGAACAUGGAUUUGUAAAAGCUUUUAUUAGGAGUGUUUUGGAAUUGGGAAAGAAGAGCAAAACUAACAAAAGAUUCCUUCAGUGUCGUGCUGCAACCUGCUGUAGUUGACGUUGUCUGCUGCUCCUCCUUGUGCUUCACAGGGGGCACCAAGUCAUGUGAGGAUUUGUUGCUGUGACUAGGAGCUGCUUUCAGCCUUUUUUCCUGACAUUCCUGCCCUGCUUCACUCUUUUGGAGGGAACCGGAGCGAAUUAAGACACCUCCGUUUGCCACACUGGACAUUGCUAAACACUUAACCUGGACAGCUAACUGAAAAUCUCAGCAUCUUAUUUCCUAUGUUUUUUCCCCCCCGGAGGCUUUUCUUUAACUGGUUCAUGUGGAAGAAGUUUUUCCUUGAUUUCAGCAAAAUCUUUUGUCCUUCACCAUCACUUGUAGACCUGGCCCUUUCUCAUGGGUGAAACAGAAAGGGACAUUUCUUCCUGAUAACCUUCUUUAGACCACUGAUCCCAGCGGAGGAUCUCGGACCUGCAAACCCCUGUCAUUUUAUUUACCUUUAUUCUUGCACUGGACUCAAUGAUGUCUUGGAAGAGAAGUUAUUUUUCUACGGGUCGAGGAGGGGUUCAAGAGAUGUUUACACCGCGCAAUUCCAUAUCGAUUGCUCCAAGCAAGGGCCUGAUUAAUGAACCGGGACAAAAUAGCUGCUUCCUCAACAGUGCUCUGCAGGUUUUGUGGCAUCUUGAUAUUUUCCGCCGGAGCUUCCGCCAGUUAACCACACAUAAAUGUAUGGGUGACUCCUGCAUAUUCUGUGCACUCAAGGGGAUAUUCAACCAGUUUCAGUGUAGCAGUGAGAAGGUGCUACCAUCAGAUGCCCUCCGCAGUGCCCUUGCCAAGACCUUUCAGGAUGAACAGCGUUUCCAGCUGGGUAUCAUGGAUGAUGCAGCGGAAUGUUUUGAAAACCUUCUGAUUCGCCUCCACAUUCACAUUGCAGACGAAUCCAAAGAAGAUAUCUGCACUGCCCAGCACUGUAUUUCUCAUCAGAAGUUUGCAAUGACCUUAUUUGAACAGUGUGUAUGUACCAGCUGUGGUGCCACAUCAGACCCUCUGCCUUUUAUUCAGAUGGUGCAUUACAUCUCUACUACUGCUCUCUGUAACCAGGCAAUAUGUAUGUUGGAACGGCGAGAAAAACCAACCCCUGAUAUGUUUGGAGAAUUACUGCAGAAAGCUAGUACAAUGGGAGACUUGAGGAACUGUCCUAGCAAUUGUGGGGAGAAAAUCCGCAUCCGUCGGGUGCUCAUGAAUGCCCCUCAGAUCAUAACGAUAGGACUGGUGUGGGACUCUGAUCACUCCGAUCUUGCUGAAGAUGUUAUCCACAGUCUUGGAACCUGCCUGAAACUCGGGGAUUUGUUCUAUAGAGUUACAGAUGAUAGAGCGAAGCACUCUGAGCUUUAUUUGGUUGGGAUGAUCUGUUACUACGGCAAACAUUACUCCACCUUCUUCUUUCAAACCAAAAUACGCAAGUGGAUGUACUUCGAUGAUGCCCAUGUCAAAGAGAUUGGUCCAAAAUGGAAAGACGUAGUGACAAAAUGCAUAAAGGGGCACUAUCAGCCAUUAUUACUUUUGUACGCUGAUCCCAGAGGUACUCCUGUAUCUGUUCCAGAUGUUUUGUCUCAGAUGGAUAUACGACAGUAUAGCAGAACUUGCUAUGAUAGUGAGGACUCUGGCAGGGAGCCCUCUAUCUCCAGCGACACCAGGACAGACUCCUCCACGGACAGCUAUCACUUCAAACAUUCACAUCAUGAAUCUGUAGUCAGCCACUUCUCCUCUGACUCCCAAGGCACUGUCAUCUACAACCUGGAGAACGAUGCAGCAUCACAGAGCAGUAGAGAUACAGGACACCUGACAGAUAGUGAGUGUAGUCAGAGACAUUUUUCAAGGAAGGGACCCAUAACUGACCGAAAACGAAGUUCCAGUCGGCCUCGGAGAAAAGGAGAUGAGUCCCAAUCUUCAGGUUAUCACAGUGAAGGUGAAACAUUAAAGGAGAAGCAAGCUCCAAGAGCAGGUCUGAAGCUUUCCAGCAGUUCCAGUAGGUUAAGAGACUUUAAGACAACUGUUAGCAAUAUGAUUCACAGUAGACCAUCACAAGCAUCACAAACGACACAGAGCAUACAUCAUGUUGGAAGUGCAGUGGAUCAGGCAGAGAUCAAGCCACCAUCAAACUUAGUAAUAAGACCCAGUGACUGGGAAAUUGAAAACGGCAGCAAUGAGAUGAAAUCUGGGUUAUCUGGCAGGUAUCGGCCUACUUGGCGCCCGACACGUGAGCCAUUAAAUGUUGAUAGUAUCUUCAGAAAUGAGAAGAGGAAAAACACAGGAUACAGUCCACUUAGUCCCUUCUCAGAAGACUCUGCCAAGGAAUUCACUGUCAAUGAUCGGAGGGAAAACGCCAAUACUGAUACAAAGGAAAAACCUCCAUGUGUGAAAUAUAGGAGCUGGGGUGUCGGACGUGGUGCUCCUCCUUACCUUGGGGAUCAGCAGCAGCCUCGUCUUAUCCAGAGGAUGGAGUCCGGCUAUGAAAGUAGUGAACGGAACAGUAAUAGUCCCAUCAGCAUGGACUUGCCUUUAUCAGAGAAUUGUAGUGCUUUUCGGGAAUAUCACUCAAGGAAAAGUCCCGGUACAGCUCCAGCUCCUACCUGGCGAAACAUUCCAAAGUCUCAGAGCAGCAGUGCAUUAGAUAUGGCAGACUCUGCCUCAAGUGUCUGGGUCAAGGUCCAUCCCUCUCAUGUUGCAACAGAGAGUCCAGGACCCAUGAAAAGUGAAUUGGAUGAACUUCAGGAGGAAGUUGCAAGAAGAGCACGGGAGCAGGAGUUGCGCUGGAAGCGAGAAAAAGAGAUUGAGGCAGCCAUGGGAUUCAACCCACGACCUCGACGGUUUUUAGAUUUGGAUGAGUUACAAAACCAGGGGAGGAGUGACAGCUUUGAGCGAUCCAUUCAGGAUGCAGACUCUGUCUUUGAGCAAUCUCUGAGGCUGGAGCAGAAGGGAGAUUACACUACAGCUUUGGCCUUGUGUAAUGAAGCUUUUUCUAAAUUCAGACUUGCCAUGCAUGAUGCCAGAUCUAGCACACACUGCAGAGCCCUAGCAGAUAAGAAGUUGCAAAUGUGUUUACGAAAGGCACGGACUCUUCAGGACCGCAUGCUGCCGCCGACAAUUCCUCAACCGCUGCCACCAGCUUACCCCUCUCCACAGGGGGGAGCUAUAAACCAAUCUUCAAGUGACCAGGCUAUCUCGGACAAAGUUUCAGUGAACCAUCAGGUAAUGGCAGAGACAACCGCAAAGGAGGACUUCACAUCCACUCCAUUACCACACCCGUUUGCUUCUAGCCAUGAGUUGCUUCCAUCAUGUGCUGAGUCUUCCAGCUUGUCAACUUCAGAACAUUGCCCAUGUAGCAAAACAUUUUCUAACUACCGUGCUCCUUCAGGUCCUAAUUCCCCAGAGAGUGCCUCAACUCCUACACAGAGCACGGUUGAUACAAUUUUAAGAGUGGAUGAUUGUAGCCCAGACCUACAACUCAAAAACCCAAAAGGUGAUCAAGCUACUGCAGGAAGCCCUAAUAGUGGUAAGGUGACUGAGGAACAUGAAGCUAAAGAUGGUCCUCUGCGGAAGAUGAAACUCAAUGGCAUUAAAUCUGGUUCUUUACCAUCAUUGUUAUUUCCUUGGGCACGUCGGGCACAAGCUCAGUCUCCAGAUAGAAACAACCAACCCAGCCAUUGUAACAAAUCUGUUAGUACAGAAAUUCAUAUAAAUGAAGAUAAGGUUGGUUCUUGCAUUGUCCCAACGAUCUCUCCAACUGUUAAAAAUAGUUUUACUGUUCAUCCAGCUGUCGUCUCCACAAAAACAAACAGCCAGGACAACUUAUUAGAUAAACAAUGUGAAUUAAAUGUCUUUGAGACUAGCAAAGUUGAGGCACCUAAAAGUAAGGGGUUGGUUCGUUCUCUCGCCGAACAAUUUCAGCGGCUACAAGGGGGCUCACCAAAGAGAAGCAGUUUUGGCGUGAAUUUUACUGGAAUAGACAGCUCUGAACAGAAGUUUUCACCAGGGGGGCAAAUACAGGAUUCCCUGAACCUUUUGGAAACUGAAUCAGGUCUGCAGUCUCUGGUCAUGCAAGAGAAUAAAUCUGUCAGUACGGAUCAAGCAAGUACUUCUCCAGAUUCCGAGGAUUCAUCAUAUAACAUAAAUGGAUCCAGUGUAAACCAUCUGAACAGCCAUAAUGCAGUGCCGCUUAAGGAAGUUCUAAAAGGAGACAUGGCUAACGGUGUUAACCGUGACAAGUUUUACUACAAAACUGAGAAAAAGGUGAAAUUUGGAAGCACAGUGCAUUUGCCAGCUUCUGUGCCCACGAACCAGUGGGUUGAUAGUGUUAGCAGAUAUUAUAAUGCCCAAGAAGAUGAUACUGAUGUGGAACACCAUGCUCGUCCAAGUUUCUCCAAUCGAAAGUCUGUAAGGUAUGGCUUAUCAAAGAGCUCAAUUGAUCUCCGGCAGGAUUGGAAACAGGAUGCUGAGCAUGGUAUUAGAGAGUUGGAUACCUGGUAUAACAUCAGCCUUCAGACUUGUCCAGGCAACAGGACUCUGCAGUGGAGAUCUGAAAACUCUAGACAGGCAUUUGGAAAACCAUUUUUGGACAAUACAUCUGCAAGAAAAAUGCAGCAUGCUGCUGGUAGAGGUCUGUCAAGAACACCAACGGCUGAGAUAGAACGCAGUCUCUGUGAAAGCACACAUUCCCUUGUGUCUAAGGUCACUCAUGGCAGAGACCAAAGCAGGAAGUCGGAGGAAGAGGAGCUGUACAGUGCAGAGAAUUUCCGAAGGCUGGCAAGGAGCCUCAGUGGGACUGUCAUCCCUAACAGAGAAGAGACUCUUGUCUCUUCUCACAGUUUUGAGGCAUCCAAUGAGAGGAAACCGCUUGUGGACAGCAGUCAUCGCUCUCACAGCUCCUCCUCCUACCCUUAUACCCACAAUCCUUCUGUUUUAUCCUAUGAACCCCAGCACUACCCAACCCAGAUGCAGCACCCAUCUCAUGAGGUACUGGCGCCCAGCAUGGUGGGUGAGGCACACAGGCCACCAGGAGACCCAACUGUCCAAAAGCUUUUGGCUUUGCCUGACAGGAGUGAAAGUGUCAGAGUUACCGAACACUCAGAUAUGGAAGUGAGCUAUGCAACUCUCCCAAGGGCACCCAAGAUUGGUUCUAGUUUAUACGCAACACCGAGGUCUUCACCUGGAGCUAUGGAACAGAAUAUUCCAACCUACCAAAAGUGGUCAGGCCACACAGUGCAGGCAAACGGACCUGACCCAAUUAUGGUUAAUUCCAGCUUAUUGGGCUCUCCAGGCAAAAGCUUACAAAAUGGUCUGUUUCAGCAAGAAUCAAGCUACAGAGGCUAUCAGACCUAUAAGAUGAAUCGCAGACCAUCGCCAUCUACAGAGUACUGCACCUUAACUAUGCCACGUAGCUCUUCCAUGGGUAGAGGAGAUUUGAUGGUGAAUGCUUUUGCCCCACAGCCUAGAAUGCAGGGUCCUAGGAGAGUAGACAUGCCACCAGAGGAAGACUGGAGACAAAACAGUUGUUCCCCUCAAAUGGGCGGAUGGAGGCAGCAUCCAACAUAUUCCCCACAUCGGACCUAUUCUUCUGCCUCUGAUAUGUACGGUACAGCCAUCUGGAGGGGUUCUUCUGCCUUGCCUAGAAAUGGGAGGUAAAUGUAUUGGUGUAGCUAUCCAGAAUGCUUACUUACAGAAGCUGCCAGAUUUGCAUCUUACACCUUUGAUCCAAGCCUGUUACAUGAAGGUUAUUUGUUUGUAGUGUGAUCGCCAGUCUUGUCUUAACACCUUUAAGCCUGUGGACAGUCCCUUUGUACUAGAUGUUUGGUCAGGAUUUGGAAUUGUAAUUACUAUUUUAGAUUGUCCAACUGGUGCAGGAGGGCUUUGCAAUGAAGUAACAUCAGAGCUAGCAGACGACCAUAUUCUACAAGCUCACCGCUCCUUCAGGUGUGUGAAUUGCUGACAAAUCAUUCUUCCACUCAACAAACUAUGAGAACAAUUGCUGAUUUCUUACCUUGUCAGCCUUGUGCUCGAUUAGCAAUAAUAUGCUUAAAAAGAGAGCGUUACAAUGUGUACAGGGUGUUUAUCAACUACUCAGUCAAGGAGUAAAACCUAAGUAUUUUGGAAACCAUUGCCUUUGCUCUUUCAGACCCUGCUUCAGUUAGCAAUAUUUAUAUGUUGCAGUGGUGAUACUUAGAGUAAACUGUUUUUGUUAUGUGUUGGUUUCCUUUUGGUGUCUAUGCGACCAAAAGACCAUAUCCGUUAAAAUUACCCAUGCACUGCAAUUCUACAGGGUGUAUAGUAUAGUUUGUCCUUCCUCAAAUUUACCUUAAUAGCUUUU